AUGUCACUUUUAUGUCAUUCUAUCUCCCUUUACUUCAGUGGGUGCAGGUUCAGGUGCACAGAUGUGAUUCUCAGGCACCUGUCUGUAGCCAACUCCUUCUACAUUCUCUGUAGGGGAAUCCCAGAGACCAUGGCAGCACUUGGGAUGGAAGACUUCCUUAAUAAUGCUGGAUGCAAACUGGUUUUCUAUGUUCAAACAGUGGGCAAGGGUGUGUCUUUCAGCACCACCUGCCUGCUGAGUGUCUCCCAGGCCAUCACCAUCAGCGCCAGGAGUCCCAGGUGGGCAGAGCUGAAAGUGAAAGCCCUGAAGUGCAUCGGGCCCUGUACCAUCAUUUGCUGGGUCCUGCACAUGCUGCUAAAUGUCAGAGUUCUUAUGCUUGUAAGUGACAAAGAGAAUCACAAAAAUAUCACAAAUAUUUUAGAUUUUCAAUACUGUUCAAUUAUGAUUUCUGACAAACACCAAAACGCCAUUUUUGCGGCAUUGACAUUAUCACAUGAUAUUUUGUGUUUGAAGCUUAUGAUCGGGAGUAGUGCCUCCAUGGUUUUCAUUUUGUAUAGGCACAAGCAGCAAACACAGCACAUUCACAGACACAGCAUUUCAUCAAGAUCGCCAGCUGAGACUAGAGCUUCUCAAAGCAUCCUCAUCCUGGUCUGUGCCUUUGUAUUCUUCUACUUCCUAUCUUCUAUCACAUAUGUCUGGUUUUCUCUGUAUACUAACACUGCUUGGUGGCUGGUUAAAACUUCUGCCCUAACCAAUGCCUGUUUCCCUACUGCUAGUCCCUUCAUUCUCAUGACCCGUGAACAUUGUGUUUACAGGCCCACACAAUGUUCGUGGAAGAAAUGA